AUGCUCGAAGAAAUGAAUAUAGAUCGUUCUGAAAUAGAAAAUUUACUAAGACGAAGGUUUUUUUAUGAUCAAUCGUUUUCAAUAUAUGGUGGUGUCAAUGGUCUAUAUGAUUAUGGUCCAGUUGGUUGUGCAAUAAAAGCAAAUAUUUUAAGUCUAUGGCGUCGACAUUUUAUUUUAGAAGACCAAAUGCUUGAAAUUGAUUGUUCUAUCUUAACACCUGAAAUUGUAUUUAAAGCAUCUGGUCAUAUUGAUCGAUUUACAGAUUUUAUGUUGAAAGAUAUUCAAACAGGUGAAUGUUUUCGAGCUGAUCAUUUAAUUGAAGAUCAUCUUGAAAAAUUACUUGAAAUAAAAGAUAUUUCUGAUGAAAAGAAAACUGAAAUUAAACGAAUAUUACCACAAAUUGGUAAUAUGAAUGCUACAGAUUUACAGCAACUUAUAGAACAAUAUAAUAUAAAAUCACCUAAUACAAAUAAUAAUCUUUCAGAACCUAUUGCUUUUAAUUUAAUGUUUUCGACUCCAAUUGGUCCGACAGGUCAAAUGAAAGGUUAUCUUCGACCAGAAACUGCUCAAGGCAUGUUUGUUAAUUUUAAAAGAUUAUUAGAAUUUAAUCAAGGUCGAUUACCAUUUGCGGCUGCUCAAAUUGGUACUUCAUUUCGAAAUGAAAUAUCACCACGAUCAGGUUUACUUCGAGUUCGUGAGUUUGCAAUGGCAGAAAUCGAAUACUUUGUUGAUCCAAGUGACAAGACUCAUUCGAAAUUUGAAACUGUUGCUGAUCUAGAAAUUCAACUUUAUUCAGCUAUCAAUCAAAUAAAUGGUGAAUCGGCUCAAUUAAUUCGUUUAGAUGAUGCUGUUCGUUUGAAAUUAAUUAAUAAUGAAACUCUUGCUUAUUUUCUUGGUCGAAUUUAUUUAUUUUUAAUUAAAAUUGGUAUUGAUAAAAAUCGAAUUCGUUUUCGUCAACAUAUGAGCAAUGAAAUGUCUCAUUAUGCUUGUGAUUGUUGGGAUGCUGAAUGUAAAAUAAGUUAUGGUUGGAUUGAAUGUAUUGGUUGUGCUGAUCGAUCAUGUUACGAUUUAGCACAACAUAUAAAAUUUAGUGAUCAACGACUUGUUGCUGAACGACAAUUAUCUAUACCUAAACAAAUUCAAGUUGGUGAAAAAAGAUUAAAUUGUAAAAUGAUUGGUCAAUUAUUUCGUAAAGAUGCUUCAAUAGUAAUAGAAUAUUUACAAAAUUUAUCUGAGAAUGAAGCUCGAAUUUUACAUGAAAAACUUCAACAAAGUGAUGAAAAAAUUACUAUCGAUAAUAAAGAAUUUAUUAUUACAAAAUUAAUUUUUACAUUUGAAACAAUUCAAAAAACAAUUCAAGUGGAAGAAUUUAUUCCAUCCGUAAUUGAACCAACAUUUGGUAUUGGUCGUAUAAUGUAUACUAUGUUAGAACAUAACUUUAAAAUUCGUCCACAAGAUAAUCAACGAAAGUAUUUUACAUUACCACCUUUAAUUGCGCCAUAUAAAUGUGCUGUUUUACCAUUGAGUAGUAAUGCAGCAUUUAACCCAUUUAUUAAACAAAUAUCUGAUCUUUUAACUCAAAUUGGUAUUUCAUAUAGAAUUGAUUCAAGUAGUAAUGCUAUUGGUAGACGAUAUGCACGUUGUGAUGAAAUAGCUAUUCCAUUUGCAAUAACAAUUGAUUUUGAUACUUUAAGUCAACCUCAUACAAUAGUAUUACGUGAGCUAGAUUCAUUAAAACAAAUUCGUGUUAAAAUUGAUGAAAUUAUAUUUGUUCUUCAAAAUCUUUCAACAGAAAAAGUAACUUGGAAUGAAAUAUCAAGAUUAUAUCCGACAUUUAUAGAACAACAAACUAAAAGAUUAGAAAAUGUAGAGUAA